AUACAAUCUCUUCCUUCGCUUUUUACUGUCCUCAUAUACUUAUAUAUACACACCCCAUACACAGCUCACUAUCCAUCCAAGGGAGAGAGAAUAAUUAAAAACCCCUUUGCCUUCUUCACCUUUGCUAUUGCAAGAGAGAAGGACCAGCUAUUCAAUUACCUUCAUCCAUCUUCAUCUUCUUCUUCUUCUUCUUCUUUUUCAUCCAUCUUUUGAGAUCAGCCAUGACAAGCUGCGGCAUCGAUGUUGCGCCUGAGCAGCUCUGUUACAUCCCCUGCAACUUUUGCAAUAUUGUUCUUGCGGUGAGUGUUCCAUGCAGCAGCCUGUUUGACAUUGUGACCGUUCGAUGCGGGCACUGCACCAAUCUAUGGUCCGUGAACAUGGCCGCCGCGUUUCAGUCACUGUCAUGGCAAGAUGUUCAGGGACCCGGGCACUGCAACCCAGAGUACAGGAUCGACACUGGCUCCACCUCCAAAUGCAACAACAGGAUUGCAAUGCGUCCACCCACCACUAAUGUAACUGAGGAAAGGGUUGUGAAUAGGCCUCCCGAGAAGAGGCAGCGCGUACCUUCUGCUUAUAAUCAGUUUAUAAAGGAAGAGAUUCAGAGGAUCAAAGCCAAUAAUCCUGAUAUCAGUCACAGAGAAGCUUUCAGUACAGCUGCGAAAAACUGGGCACAUUUUCCCCAUAUUCACUUCGGGCUCAUGCUGGACAGCAACAACCAGGCUAAGAUGGAAAAUGUUUCUGAGAAGCAUUUAAUGUCGAGGGCUGCGCUAAUGAAUAAAUGAAAGCUAUCUUCAUCAUCAUAUCAUACUAUGGGACCUGAGUUUCGUUUGAGUCUGUCAAGAAAAAAAUGUCCAACCUAUAAUGAGUUUUAAGGACAAUCUGCACUUUUCUUUGUUAAUGUACUUGUCACUACUUAAUUACUACUUGUUCAAUGGAUGCUUUUAAUUUCAAGCAAGAACGUUAAUUUCCCUUGUCAUCUUUUAUAAUAACUUCUAUUUUCUACCUGUUUAA